AUGGAGGACGGUGAGGCGAUCGAUGAGGAUCGUGGACGUUUGCCAUUCAAUGCCGAAGAUGUGAUAAGGGUGAUACCGUUGGAUGAUGUGUUGGAGGGUCGUGAAAAUUUAGAUGAUAUUAUUGCUGAUGCGAAUAAUUUGGAUGGAGGGUUGGAAACAGAUGGAGCAGAUGAGGGCACAUCAACGGCUUAUGAUGAAGAUUCAGUGGAUGAGGUGAAUGAGGACGAAGCCAAAAUAACGAUACAAGCUCAUCAGAAGGAUGUGUUUUGUGUGGAUUGUUUCGAGGAUCAUUGGAUGGCGAGUGGUGGGGAAGAUGAUUGCGCAGUGCUGUUCGAUUUGCACAAAAAUUUUGGGGAGAGUUUGAGGAAACGAUGCGAGAUGGAUGAGCCAUCAGAGCUGGAAUGGUUGGAAUGGCAUCGUUCAGUUGAUAUUUUAUUUGCGGGUGCACAUGAUGGUGUUAUUUGGAUGUGGCUUAUCGGCACUGACGGCGUUUCGCAGACUAAGGACUGCUGCUAUUAUUCUAGUGUCUUACAAGAAGGCAUGCCGCUGGCUAUGCUAGCAGAUCACUGA